AUGUCAGCAGAACCAAAAAAUGAGCAUGCCCUGUCCCCUACGGAGGAGCCUUGCGUCGGGAGGCCCAACCCCGACUUGGAGAGCCAGACCAAGGAUAAAGUAGAGUCAGUAUCCGCAUUCAAGGCCCUUGGAUGGCUUGAUCGAUUUCUCGCUCUAUGGAUCCUCCUGGCCAUGGCAGUUGGCAUUAUCCUAGGCAAUUUUGUACCCUCAACGGGACCGGCGUUACAGAAAGGCAAAUUUGUUGGUGUGUCAGUGCCAAUUGCCAUCGGCCUCCUCGUUAUGAUGUACCCAAUUCUAUGCAAAGUCCGAUAUGAGUCACUGCACAAGCUUCUAGCGCACCGCGAGAUGUGGAAGCAGAUCAUGUUCAGCAUCGUCAUCAACUGGGUGGUAGCACCUUUCCUCAUGCUCGGUCUCGCUUGGGCCUUUCUCCCUGACAAGAGCGAAUUGCGUAUUGGUCUAAUUCUGGUUGGUCUUGGGAGAUGUAUUGCCAUGGUUCUUAUUUGGAAUGGCCUGGCCGGCGGCGAUAACGAAUACUGCGCUAUACUUGUUGCGAUUAACUCCAUUCUCCAAAUGGUCAUUACCGCACCUCUCGCCGUGUUCUUCAUUCGAGUCAUCAGUCAUGAGACUGGCAUCAACGAUGUUUCAUACGAGGUGGUUGCUACGAGCGUCGCGGUUUUCCUUGGAAUUCCACUUGCUGCCGCGAUCGUCACCCGCUUUACACUGCGCAUGGCGGCUGGGCCCGAGUGGUACGAACGCGUCUUCCUCCGGUUCGUGGCCCCUUGGUCUCUGAUAGGUCUACUAUAUACCAUUCUUGUCCUUUUUGCAUCGCAAGGACGUCAGGUGGUACACCAAAUCGUCUCGGUCGUCCGCGUCGCUGCCCCGCUCGUGGUUUACUUUAUUUCCAUCUUUUUCGUUACCCUUUUUAUCGCUCAUCGUAUGGGCUUCAGUUAUCCCCUCACUGUAACGCAAAGCUUUACCGCUUCAAGUAAUAACUUCGAAUUGGCUAUCGCCAUUGCAGUUGCUACCUUUGGCCCCGAUAGCGACCAAGCACUCGCAGCAACUGUUGGACCACUUAUUGAAGUGCCCGUUCUACUCGGUCUGGUAUAUCUCAUGCGAUGGGCACGGAAAAGAUGGGCGUGGAACGUAUAA